AUGUCUUUAAUUCUUCUUUAUGUUUUAGGAGCAUUGGCAAAGAAUUAUGCCAUCUUACUGAACUCAUCUAGAGGGUUCCAUAACUACAGACACAUGGCAAACGUGUACAUUUUCUAUAAUGUUUUGAAAGAAAACGGCUUUGAAGAUGACCAGAUCCUGAUUAUCUCCUACGAAAACCAAAUCCAAGACGUGAGAAACGUUGAUCGGGAAGGUGUGUACAUAGAUGAGGACCGGAGGAUUCCUUAUUCGGAAUUCAGGCCGUCUGCAAGUGCCCUUGAGGAUCUUUUGAAUGCGAUUUCUGGGAAUUGUCCCAAGUUGAAAGAUGCAGAUGAAUCCUCAAAUGUUUUUGUGUACCUCAAUGGGCAUGGGAAUGAAACAUUCCUAAAGUUUGGAAAUAUCCGCUUUAUGACCAAGGACGAUCUUAUGUCAAGAAUUCCAAAACUUGCGGGGAGGGUUGGCAAGGUUCUCCUUGUGCUUGAUACAUGCCAGGCAGAUGCUUUGGUUGAUAGAGACGCCCUGCCCGACAAUGUAUUUAUAGUGGCAACAAGCAAGCUAGGGCAGCCAGCCAUCUCUUCAUUCAGUUCAUCGCUCAUAUGUACAAACGUUGUUGAUAAUUUCCCAUACUUCUUCUUCAAAAGGUUUGGAGAGGGAAUUAAUAGAAAGGCCAAGCUUACAGAUUUAUUUGGAGAGCUCAACAAGGAACCUCUUGGGUCUGAACUUGUCUUUGAUGAAGAGAAGGACUUUAGAUUUGAAGACUUCUUUGUACAGAACAGCCAUUCCGAGCUUCUCCCCUUCAAGGAAGGAUGA